AUGACCAGAGACAUAGAAGAGGAGCUGAGUGAGACUGAUGAGGAUGAGCCAAGUGAUGAGACUGCCGUAGAAGAGAGGUGUGAAGCUGAGGAUACUGAAGAGAACCAUAACCAGAGUGAGAUACCAUCUGAGCCAACCAGUGUGUGGAGUGGACCAAUUACUAGAUCAAGGCUGAGAGCACAAGAGGACAGGCUCCAGGAGAUAGCCCAAAUCGUGGGGCAAGAGAGGGACGCGGUUGCUGCUGGAGCUCAGAGAGCACGCCUUGGACCUAUAAGAGGGCCACGAGUUGAGAUUGGGGGUCGUGGGAUUUUUGGAGAACAUUAUCAAGAAGAUUCAGCUGAUGACAGUCAUGAUGGAUCUCAGGCUAGUCAGCAUGGUAGAAACUACAACCGCAGGCGACCAGCUACUGCUAACCUAGGCAAUCUCAAGCUUAGAAUCCCUCCAUUCCAUGGGAAGAAUGACCCUGAUGCUUACUUAGAGUGGGAGAAGAAGAUUGAACUGGUUUUCAAUUGCCAGCAGUUCACUGAGGAGAGAAAAGUGAGACUAGCAGCUACUGAAUUCUGUGGAUAUGCUAUUAGCUGGUGGGAUCAGAUUGCUACUACCAGGAGACGCAAUGGAGACCCUCAAGUAGCUUCCUGGUUUGAGAUGAAAACUGUGAUGAAGAAGAGAUUUGUUCCUAAUCACUAUGGAAGAGAUCUACACCAGAAGUUGAGAAGGCUUUCUCAAGGAUCUAAGAGUGUAGAGGACUAUCACCAGGAGAUGGAAACACUCAUGUUAAAAGCUGACUUAGAAGAAGAUGUAGAAGCUACUAUGGCUAGAUUCCAAGGAGGUCUUAACAGAGAUAUUCAAGACAGGUUGGAGCUACAAGAGUAUGAGGACAUGGAUGAACUGCUACAUAAGGCUAUUUUGAUUGAGCAGCAGAAAAAGAGGAAGAGCUCUACCCGGUCUUCAUACACUCCUGCUUCAAAACCGGCCUACUCCAAGGAAGAUAAGCCAGGGGAUAAGUCCAAAGAAGGUUCUUCUUCAGUAGAGACCAAGAGAGAUGACAAGGGUAAAGGACUAUCCACAUCUACUAAGACCAGGAACAUUAAGUGUUUCAAGUGUCAUGGCUUUGGUCACUAUGCUAAUGAGUGCACCAACAAGAAGGUGAUGACUAUCUUAGCCAACGGGGAGGUGAUAUCUGAAGAGGAGGACGCCGGCCAAGAGUCAGAUGAGGAAGGCGUGGAGUACCCUGUCCGUGGAGAGCUACUAGUCACCAGAAGACUUCUCAAUGCUCAACCUAAAGCCAAAGAAGAUGACCAAAGGGAAAACUUGUUCCACACCAGAUGCUUGGUUCAAGAAAAGGUUUGUAGCUUGAUCAUUGAUGGAGGAAGCUGUACUAAUGUAGCCAGUGCUGAGUUGGUGGAGAAGUUGGGUCUUCAAGUGUUCAAGCAUCCUAAACCAUAUCUCUUGCAAUGGAUCAAUGAUGAGGGUGGAUUAAAGAUCACCAAGCAAGUGAAGGUCUUGCUAUCAGUGGGAAAGUACCAGGAUGAGAUCACUUGUGAUGUAGCACCCCUUGAAGGAGAAACAAGUUACCCUGGCGCCAAUGACCCCUCAGGAGGUACACCAGGAUCAGAUGCAUCUCAAAAUGAAGAGAGGAGAGUCCAAGGCCGCCAGCAAGUCCUUGCUUUUGAAGAGACCAGCCAGGAGUAUAGAGAUGUGUUCCCAGAGGACAAUCCAAUAGGUCUGCCGCCUUUUAGGGGAAUAGAGCACCAUAUUGAUUUUGUACCAGGAGCUACUUUACCAAACCGUCCAGCAUACAGGACCAACCCUGUGGAGACCAAGGAGCUUUAG